AUGGCUGAAACUAUCGGUCUCAUUGCUGAUAUGUUUGGAAUCGUCAGCGGCUUUACCGAUCUGCUCCAAGCCUCAGACAGCAGCAGCAGCAGUUCCUCAUCCACAAACCCCAACACUGCUACCUUCCGAAUUGGUGUUGGAGCCAAUCUCGACGGGCAUACAGGCCUUGGUGGUGAUCUGCCAGACGCCCGAAACUUUGGAGUCGAGGGCAGCUUUUUAGGAAUCGUUGCUGACCCUGAUUCUGUACGUGUGCACGUGCGAGUCAUUAUGCUCCCAGCUUGCCUUCAGGCUUUUUACACGCUCUUCUCUGCCAAUGAUGAUGCUAUAUGCCUUGCUUAUGCGUUCAUGACCAUGGCAGGUCAAGAGGCAGGCCAAUCAUAUGGCUUGGACGGCACCUUCGGAUCCUAUUGCGGGGCCAGUUGGUAUUUAAGUGAGGUGGUGGUUCCAGGAACUAAUUACAUGCCCAAAUGCAUGUGGAUCGAUGAGAAUUGCAGCCAACCCGCUACCGGGUUUCAAGUCAACUGGGUGGACAUGUCGUCUCAAAACAUGAAAGCGAACGGCACUGCGGCACAGAAUAUGUGCAACACACCUUCAUUCAAGGUCUACACAGACAAAGACCCAAAGUCGAUAACUUAUUGGUCAAAUGGCGAUGACCCUUCGUCCAGGACUAGCACUAAGAGAAGCCUCGCAGAUAAGUUCAGCGAGAUUCUCGUCAUCUCGGAUCACGCUGAGCACAGGGCCGAGGAGCUCUGCAAUAGUACGACGUCUGCUGGGCCCGGAUUUGUCAACCCGGAGCAGAAGUGGUUUUGCGAUAUGACCAACAAAAUCCUUCAUCCUGUGUGUGGCAACACUCCGACGGGAGACAACUCGACCUUGCUCACACACUCUGGCUCCCCAACGUGUUUCGAUGUCGACAGCAAGCAACUCCGUGGCGCAGGUGUGAAAAAGCGUUCAACUCCUUCCAACGUCCAGGACUGGAGAAAGAGCUUGUAA